UAAGUUCGAUUUCUUCUAACACUGCAUGUAAGAACGUGCCGCAUUUUUGGAUGCAAUUUGUUUAAACAAUGUCGGCACAAUACCAAAAAUUCCUGAAAGUACUUGAAAAGUGGCCCGCGGAUAAAACAAAGAUUGGCAGGGAUCUCGGCGAGCAGAUCCGCAAACAAGUGACCAGAUUCUCAAACAGCCUUAACAGCGAAGCGGACAAGGAUCUAGACCGACAGAUUGAUGCACUGGAGCGGCUGUCGAGCAACGUCUACGCCAAGAAGUAUCCGCGCAGCUACGAGUCCACGGCCACUGGACUGACGGCCGCACAGUGCAGCCAAGUGUUGAGCUCCGAGUUCCUGCAGUAUCUCAACGACGGCGCGGGCUCGAAGAAGAAAUCAGAAGCAAAAGCAACAGUUGCCAGUCCUCCUCCUGCCGCUCCCCAUGUGCCUGUACUCUGUGACAAAGCCAUCGAAUACUUGAAGGAGGCUCCCGGCAGAACCUUUUUCGACAUGACCUUCGGUGCUGGUGGUCACACGCGGCGAUUACUGGAGGCUCUGCCGGAUGCCAAAGUGUACGCCUUGGAUCGUGAUCCAGUGGCCCACCAGCUGGCGCAGGAGCUGAGCGAAACGGCAGAGUACAAGGGGCGGAUUAUCCCUCUGCUCGGUAAAUUCUCCGACAUCCCACGACUCUUUGGGGAGCAGAGCCUUGCGAAGAACUCGAUUGCUGGCAUACUCUUCGAUUUUGGCUGCAGUUCCAUGCAGUUCGAUGAGGCGGAACGUGGAUUCUCCAUCUCCCACGAUGGUCCGCUGGACAUGCGCAUGGAUGGCGGACGCAGUGGCGGCCUGACUGCCGCCGAUGUCGUGGCCAAGGCCGAGGAAGGAGACUUGGUCAAGAUUCUGCGCAUCUAUGGCGAGGAAAAGGCAGCCAAAAAGAUUGCCAGAGCGAUAGUCGAUGCACGCAACGGAAUGAUUAAGAUUGAGACGACGCGACAACUGGCGAAUAUCGUGGAGGAUGCCCUCGCCAGUGGACCGCGCAAGGACAAACUGCAGCGUCCUGCGCAUUCGGCCACUAAGGCGUUCCAGGCGCUUCGCAUCUUUGUGAACAAUGAGCUCAACGAAAUCAACUACGCCAUGCUGCUGGCCAACGAAAUGCUGCGCCUUGACGGUCGCCUGGUGACCAUCACCUUUCACUCGCUGGAGGACACCAUUGUGAAGCGGCACAUCGCUGGCAAUGUCACUGCUGGCGCUGCAAAUCUCAUGCCCCUAAAGUACUCCAGCCAUGGGCUCAUCGAUGAUCCCCAAAUGCUUCAAUCGCUGAGCGAAACCAACUGGCGGCAGCUCCAUCGUCACGUCAUUGUGCCCGACCCCGCGGAGGUCGCUCGGAACAGUCGCAGUCGAUCGGCCAAGCUGCGCGCUGCUAUAGGACUGUCAUUGGUGUGCGGCCACUCAGUUGAGUUGCAUUGCGCGAUUCGAUCGUUCGUGUUGGCGUCGCUAGUGAGGCGUUCGAUUUGUUCGGUUCCCGGACUAAGCAGAAACCUUGUACGUUGUUUCAGCAGUGUUCAGCGGGGAGACGACGAUCCGGCUAGAAAGAUGAGCAGCAACGGUGCCAAUGUUAUAAUAGGCAGGGCAGUGGCCAGAACCAUACACGGGGAGCUGUGCAAUGAGGUGCUCUCCAUGAAGAAGCUGCUGCCAAAUUUCACUCCCGGACUGAGGAUCGUGCAGGUGGGCGGACGCGAGGACUCCAAUGUGUACAUUCGCAUGAAGAUCAAGGCGGCCGAGGAGAUUGGCAUCGAAGCGGUUCACGUCAAGCUGCCGCGCACCAUCACCCAAGUGGAGCUGAUCGAUAAGAUCAAUGACCUGAACGACGAUCCCCGAGUGCAUGGCAUCAUUGUGCAGAUGCCACUGGACUGCGAGCGCAACAUCGAUUCGCAUCGCAUCACGGAUGCAGUGUCCCCCGAGAAGGAUGUAGAUGGCCUGCACACCAUCAACGAGGGUCGCCUGGCCAUCGGUGAUCUUGGUGGCUUUCUGCCCUGCACCCCGUGGGGCUGCAUCGAGCUCAUACGUCGCACCGGCGUGGAGAUUGCUGGCGCCACAGCCGUUGUCUUGGGUCGCAGCAAGAUCGUGGGCACGCCUGCCGCCGAGAUGCUGAAGUGGGCCCAUGCCACGGUGACGGUAUGCCACUCGAAGACGCGCAAUAUCGAGGAGAUCACACGGACCGCAGACAUUCUGGUGGUGGGCAUUGGCGUGCCCGAAAUGGUCAAGGCAUCGUGGAUCAAGCCCGGUGCAGUGGUCAUCGAUUGUGGCAUCAAUGUGAAGCCAGACCCCACGAAGCCGAGCGGCACUCGUCUGGUGGGCGACGUGGACUACUGGGAGGCCAAGAAGGUUGCUGGACAUAUCACACCGGUGCCGUUCGGCGUUGGGCCCAUGACCGUGGCCAUGCUGAUGAAGAACACCGUCCGUUCGGCGGCCAAGGCUCUGGAUCGCCAGCUGCGCACCCAGUGGACACUGGAGCCGCUGCCAUUGACGUCGCUGCGGCCGGUGCCCAGUGACAUUGUGAUUGCACGCGGACAGAAGCCCAAGGACAUUGCUGUGCUGGCCAAGGAGAUCGGCCUAGAGCCGCGUGAGGUGUCGCUGUAUGGCAACAAAAAGGCCAAGAUCUCGCUGUCGGUGCUCGAGCGGCUGGCGGACAAGGAGGCGGGCAACUACGUUGUGGUGGCUGGCAUCACGCCCACACCGUUGGGUGAGGGCAAGAGCACCUCGUUGAUGGGCCUCGUCCAAGCACUGGGCGCCCAUAAGCAGCGGAAUGUCAUCGCCGCUCUGCGACAGCCCUCGCAGGGGCCCACCUUUGGCAUCAAGGGCGGUGCCGCGGGUGGUGGCUACGCGCAGGUCAUACCCAUGGAGGAGUUCAAUCUGCACUUGACGGGCGACAUACACGCGGUGUCGGCGGCCAACAAUCUGCUGGCCGCACAGCUGGACACCCGCAUCUUCCACGAGUGCACGCAGAAGGACAAGGCGCUGUACGAGCGCCUGGUGCCGCGAGUCAAGGGUCAGCGCAAGUUCAGCCCCAUUCAGCUGCGUCGCCUGCAGCGUCUGGGCAUUGAGAAGACCGAUCCGGAUGCACUGACAGAGCAGGAGUACGGCGCCUUUGCCCGCCUGGACAUCGAUCCCGAGACGAUCAUGUGGGAGCGCGUGGUGGACAUCAACGAUCGCUACUUGCGCGCCAUCACGGUGGGCCAGUCGCCCACGGAGAAGGGCAUAACGCGCGAGACACGUUUCUCGAUUGCUGUGGCCAGCGAGAUCAUGGCCGUGCUGGCGCUCUCUCGCUGCCUGAAGGACAUGAAGCAGCGGCUUGCGGACAUGGUGGUGGCCUUUGACAGAGCCGGCAAACCGGUGACAGCCGAUGACCUGGGCGUGACUGGUGCACUCGCCGUGCUCUUGAAGGACGCCCUCGAGCCGAAUCUGAUGCAGAGUCUGGAGGGUACGCCGGUGCUGGUGCAUGCCGGACCCUUUGCCAACAUCGCCCAUGGCUGCAACUCCAUUAUCGCCGACGAGAUCGGCCUCAAGCUGGUCGGCAAGGAUGGCUUCGUGUGCACGGAGGCCGGCUUCGGCUCGGACAUUGGCAUGGAGAAGUUCUGCAACAUAAAGUGCCGCACCUCCGGACGCAAACCCAAUGCCAUGGUCCUUGUGACCACCGUGCGGGCCAUCAAAAUGCAUGGCGGCGGUGCAGCCGUCACUCCCGGCGCGCCCCUCAACAAGCAGUACACCGAGGAGAAUCUGGAGCUGCUGGAGAAGGGUUUGCCCAAUCUGCUGCAGCACAUUGCCAAUGGCCAGGCCUUCGGCAUGCCCGUCGUUGUCUGCAUCAACGUACAUGUCACCGAUACCCCGGCGGAGCAUGAGCUGCUCAAGAAGGCCUCUCUAAAGGCGGGCGCCUUUGCUGCCGUUGUGUCCACCCAUUGGUCGGAUGGUGGCGCCGGUGCCGUGGAGCUGGCGGACGCUGUCAUCAAGGCCUGCGACAAGGGCAACAACUUUAAGCUUCUCUACGAUCUGGAGCUGCCUCUGCUGGACAAGAUGACAAAGAUUGCGACGACCAUGUACGGUGCUGGCCAGGUGGUGCUCUCGGCAAGCGCCCAAGAGAAGGUCAAGCGAUUGACAGAGGCGGGCUUUGGCAAUCUUCCCGUUUGCAUGUCUAAGACCUCGGGCUCCCUGAGUGGUGAUGCCAAAAUCAAGGGCGCACCCAAGGGCUUCACACUGGACGUCGAGGAUGUCUAUGUCUCGGCCGGAGCUGGUUUUGUGGUGGCCAUGUGCGGGGAGAUUACCAAAAUGCCAGGACUAUCCACGCGCCCGGCCAUCUACGACAUUGAUCUGAACACGGAGACGGGCCAAAUCGAGGGUCUGUUCUAGGCAAGAACUCUGCCAAAAUCCAAGACCAAGGACGUACCACUCCUCACUGCUUGUUUUGCAUUUAAAUGUAUAAAUUCAAAGUUUUUAACCCGUAAAA